AUGACAAGAGCUAAAAUAAUCUUGCUAAUAUAUUUUAUUUUAAAAUCAACCGAUUCAGAUUAUACUUGCGAUUUAGAUAGUGGAAUUUGUUCAAUAGAAGGCCAAAAUAUUUCAGCGUCAGAUCCUUUUGUGAUUACGAGUAAUGGCUCUUCACUAGUUACCUUUUUGAUAUUUGCUGAAAGUUUUAUGCCUCAAGCACCUGAAUCGAUUUUUACAACAUAUCCCGAUAUCACAUGGCUGUCAAUUUCGAAUACCAGCUUACAAGAAAUAUCAUCAAAAGUAUUUACAAAUGCAUUAAAAUUGACAAACUUAUUGAUACAGUAUGGAUCCUUAUCGAUGUUGAACAAUGGAACAUUUGUGCAUUGUAGAAAAGCACAAAGUAUUCAAAUUGUCAAUCAUCAAAUAUCUUUUAUUGACAUCAUGGCAUUUCAAGGAUUAAAAGAACUACAAAAUUUGAUUCUCAGUGAAAAUUAUCUAACUUAUCUUCAUCCUUUAACUUUAUCAGUACUUCCAAAACUUAUGAAUUUUGAUAUUGGAUACAAUCUUUUAACGACAAUUGAUUCCCACCAAUUUAUUAAAAAUCCAUUAUUGUUUGGAUUGACUAUAAGUGGAAAUCAGCUUAAAACACUUCCAAAUGAUUUAUUUCAAUCUCAAACCAAUUUAAAUAGCAUCUAUGCAGAUCAUAAUCAACUGGUUACUGCACAAUCUUAUGGAGUAAAUUACGUGGAUAUUAGUUUUAACAAAUUAAGGAACUUUACAUUGUCAAGUGGAGAAACAACAGUUCAUAUUGAAAAUAAUUUUAUACGCAAGAUCAUUUGUAGCAGCACAAAUUUAACCGUUGAAAGAUUUUAUGCUGACAAUAAUUUACUUACAAGUUUUCUUUGCAUUCGUGACAUGGAAAAUUUGAUUGAUUUAAAUGUUAAUAAUAACAAAAUGCUUAAAACUACUAAAAAAGCUUUUCUAAAAUUAGGAAACUUACAAGAUCUGUCUAUGUUAAACAUGACAAGAUUUAAUUCAGUACCCGCAAAAAUCUUUUCUUCAUUGAAAUUACUUCUCUAUUUACGAGUGGAUAGUCUUAUAAGAUAUAAAAAUUUAAAUGUCACUCUUCCGAACUUAUUUAUUCUUACUUUAUCGACGAAAACAUGGAACUGCACUUAUGUAUCACAUGUUGAAAACAUCUUAAAUUCACAAAAUAUCGUAUUGUUUCAAAAUGAAGCAUCACAGCUCGAACCACGCUGUAAUAUUUGA